AUGGGCCCGCGGACCCCCGUGCGCGUCGAGGACCUCGUCGCCCUCGCGAACACGUCAACGUGGGCAGAACCGGACGCGGUCAACUACCGCGUGGUCAAAGACGCGGACGACUACCAGUCGCCGAUUAUCAACGUCGCGCAUCUCACCGGGCUCGAGGGCAACGCGCACUACCACUACGCCAUACCGGGCGAUACCAAGACGCACAGGCACUUCAACGCGCCGCCCGAUUCGCUCAAGGAGUCCAGCGAGGACGCCGCCGCCGGGAAGGAGGUGCACGCGUCAACCGUGUUUGCCGUCGUCGGGGACACCGGCCAGACGGAGGUCACCGCGGCGGUGUUCGAACACAUCGCGGGGAUGGACGACGCCGACGUGCUGCUGCAUACCGGCGACCUGUCCUACGCGGACGGGUUUCCGCCGAGGUGGGACACCUUCGGGCGCCUGGCGGAGGGGGUCAUGGACCGUCUGCCCUCCCUCUUUGUCGCGGGCAACCACGACGUGACCUCGAACGGCGUCGAGUCGCAGGCGUACCACACGCGGUACCCAUCGCCGCACAGGUCCAGCGGGAGCGCGUCGCCCGAGUGGUGGAGUCUCGAUGUCGGUCUGGCUCACGUCAUCGGGUUCAGCAGCUACGCGCCGUCGAAGGGUCCCGGCGCGUUCGACGGGGCGGAUGCGCCGCUGACCAGGUGGCUCGAGAAGGAUCUGAAAAAGGUGAAUCGAGCGAUUACCCCGUGGAUCAUCGUCGUGUUCCACGUGCCGUGGUACAACUCCAACCACGGGCACUUUAAGGAGGCGGAGCGCGCGAGGGUCGCGCUGGAGAAGCUCCUGUACGAGGCGGGUGUCGACGUCGUCCUCAACGGGCACGUGCACUCCUACGAACGCAUCCGCGCCGUUUACGAUUACCAACCAAACGAGUGCGGCGUUUCCCACAUCGUCGUCGGCGACGGGGGAAACUACGAAGGUCCGUACGGGGAAUCGUGGAUGAAUCCCCAGCCCGCGUGGAGCGCCUUCCGCGAGGGAUCGUUCGGCGCGGGGAGGCUCGAGCUUCACAACGCGACGCACGCGACGUGGGAGUGGCGGAGGACCACCUGC